AUGGAUCAGGAACCAGGAACACAACUCAAGGGUCAAGAACAAGGAUCAGAAAAACAGAUCCGGUACCAGGAACACAACUCAAGGGUCAAGAACAAGGAUCAGAAACACAGAUCCGGUACCAGGAACACAACACAAGGGUCAAGAACAAGGAUCAGAAACACAGAUCGGUACCAGGAACACAACUCAAGGAUCAAGAACAAGGAUCAGAAACACAGAUCCGGUACCAGGAACACAACUCAAGGAUCAAGAACAAGGAUCAGAAACACAGAUCCGGUACCAGGAACACAACUCAAGGAUCAAGAAGAAGGAUCAGAAACACAGAUCAGGAACCAGGGCCAGGAACACAACCCAAGGAUCAGGAGUCAGGGUCAGAAAUAA